AUGAUUUAUGUUUUUUUUUUUAUAGUUUUAUUAAAUAAUUAUUUUACUAUUGAAGAAUAUAUAACAAAAAUGAAUUUUAAAAGAUCUAUAGACAAAAUAAAUAAUUUUGUGGUAAAUUUUCCGGAAUUAACUGAUUCAAAAAUAAAUACUAGAAAAAAAAGAAAAAUAAUAACACUUAAAAAUACUAAAUGGCCAUUAUUAAUACGUUAUUACCACGACUCACAUGUAGAUUCUUAUGCCAUUAAAAAUGUAGUAAAACUUAUUGAACAAGAAACAUGUAUUAAAUUUCGAAAAAUAAAAAAUAACUUUUCUUAUACACCAGGUAUUUAUUUUAAAUAUACAGGAGAAUGUUCAAGUGCCAUAGGAAAUAUCAAUAAAAAAAUUUGGCAAAGAAUAAAAAUUGGACCAAGAUGUAAUAAUUUUGAAGGAAUUUUACAUGAAACUUUACAUACAUUAGGAUUAUAUCAUGAACAAUGUCGAUUUGAUAGAGAUUUUUUUGUAAAAAUAUAUAAACAAUACAUGCAACACAAUGAGACUGUAAGUUGUAAAAAACAUACUGCUUAUGAAGCUUUUCAUUAUCAUUUAUCAUAUGAUUAUGGUUCAAUAAUGCAUGCUGCUGUAAAUGCAUUUGCAAUAGGUAAUUUUAAAACAAUAAUACCAGCUGAUCCUUUAUAUGAAGGAACUAUGGGACAAACUAAAAGACUUUCUUUUAUUGAUAUUAAAGCUUUAAAUUUACACUAUUGUACUCAUCCGAAUUGUCCAUUUAAAAGACAUUGUUAUAAUUACGGAUACCAAGAUCCUCACAAUUGUCAUUUAUGUAAAUGUAUUGAUGGAUUUAUUGGUUCACAAU